GUAUCCACGAACCGUAUAUCACUGGACCUAAAAACAUCAACCAAGAAUAUGUGUAGUUGACGCGAAUGUACGUAGUUGAUGCGAAUGUGUAGGGCGUAAAAUCAGAGGCCAGUUGGUAAGAUACACUUAUUCUAGUGUAUUGUGUGUGCAUUUAGCUACAAUAUUUUAUCCAAGACUAUUUCAACAUGUCAAGUUUACCGAUUCGUAAUAUAAACAAAUUAUCGCAUUUAUUUCAACCGACUACAUCUACGAUCGCCACCAAUAAAAAAAUAGAUCCCCCUUCGAAAAGCUACGAAAACUUAGUUAAAUAUGGGUUGAUCAAACAAAUUGCCAAUGGAAUGUAUGCAUUUCUACCCUUAGGCUUACGCGUUUUAAAUAAAUUAAUAGCACUCGUUGAUACCGAAAUGGAAAAGAUUGGAGCUCAAAAGUUAUUACUUCCAGCUUUAACAUCCACACAAUUAUGGAGAAAAUCAAAUAGGUUUGAUGAUAAUAUGAAUGAAUUCUUCAAAUUACGAGACAGAUCUCAGAGGGAAUAUGUACUCAGUCCAACACAUGAAGAAGCAAUUUGUUUUAUGGUGUCAUCAGUAGGAUCAUUAUCACCAAAAAGGUAUCCCUUAAAAUUAUAUCAAAUUUCUAACAAAUGGAGGGACGAAAUAAAACCAAAAUUGGGAUUCUUGAGAAGUAGAGAAUUUAUCAUGAAAGAUCUGUACACGUUUGAUAUAGAUUUGGACAGAGCAAAAGAAACAUAUGCACUAGUAUGUGAAGCUUAUGAGAAUAUAUUUAAGAAAAUAGGAAUAACAUAUGUAAAAGCUAUUGGUGAUCCAGGAACAAUUGGAGGUUCAAUGUCUCAUGAAUAUCAUUAUAUAAGUAGUAUUGGUGAAGAUAAUGUUUAUACAUGCUUAUCUUGUCAGUACAGCAUUAAUAAAGUAAUGUGCAAGAAAUCACAAUGUCCAGAAUGUGGGAGUGUAUUUGAGCAAAAUAGAACUGCUGAGGUGGGACAUACAUUUCUAUUAGAUACAAAGUAUACAAUACCUUUAAAUGUAAUAUUGAAGACAAACAAGGAAAGAAAACCCUUAGUAAUGGGUUGUUAUGGACUUGGUUUGAGUCGUAUUUUUACAGUCAUGACUGAAUUAUUAUCUACCAAAAAAGAAUUACGAUGGCCAAAAAAUUUAGCACCAUAUACUAUUUGCAUUAUACCACCAAAGGGAGGUAGCAAGGAAGAAAGCGCAUUACAAUAUGUGAAAGACAUAAUGGAGGUCUUAACUCCAUUAAAUACUGAUAUUAUACUUGAUGAUAGAACACACUUAAGUAUUGGAAAUCGUCUUAUGCACGCCCGCAUAACAGGAUUCCCAUAUGUUGUUAUAAUUGGUAAAUCCGCAAUACAAUCUCCACCUUUGAUUGAAAUUCAUGAUAUAAAUAGUUCGACAAAUUGUCAAAUACCUUUGGAUGACAUAUCUAGUUAUUUCAAUAAAGAAGAUAUUUUUGAAACUUUCCGGUUGGACAUUAUAUGACGCAUCUACAGCUUUUGCCCAAAUUUCUAUUUCUUUACUUCCCUCUUUAACAGGGAGAUCUAUACUCCACAAUGUCCAGCUCCAAUAUCGACCUUCUUUAGCGUUCUUAUCUUCUGCAUUUAAAUCAGCCGUAUACCAAGUUUUACCUUGGUUAUUUGUUAUGUCAACCCGGAUGAUUUUUCGACCCCCUCCUGACCAAGCAUAUCCUGCAAAAACGUUUUGGUCAAGGUAUAAUUAUAAUAUUAGUGUUGUAAAGAUAAGUGAAAUCUUAAAAACUAUACUUUACCCUUCACAUUUAUCUUUCCAUUUACCACUUUGAUUGUUUCUGCAUGUUCUGGUUUGCAAAUUGCAGAAAUCACAGGCAUUUCCUGUAUAGCA